AUGUCAAAAAAUAAAUUUGUUGAACUGAGCUUCCCAAAAGCAUUGAAAAGAUACCGAAAAAGACGAAACGAGAGCCAACACCUGCUGCCCAUCUACCAACAAAUUAUUAACGAUGAACAACUUCAGAGAUUGAAAACCGCCAGGAAAGUCGUGUUCAUUGGGUCAGGAAGUGGACAAUUUGAUUUAGAGUUUAUUGAAAGGUGUGUACCAAGUGUCGAACACAUCGUAGUUGUCGAAUGUAACGAAAUUUUAGCGGAAGAAUUUAAGAAAAAUGUUUUGGAAAGAUUCGGAGACGGAUUGGUUUGCACAGUUCACAAAUGUUUCAUUGAAGAUUGGAUAGACACAGCCGAGAGCAGCAAAUCAAAACAAUUCGACUCCGACUUGCUCACCAUGUUUCGAUGUAACUGUUCGGAUGCUACUGAAGAAAUCAUCAAAAAGAUGCUACAAGAGGAAACCGUUGAUGGCUUUGGGUGCAUUUCUGUUUCUUUCUACGUAGCCUGUGUCCGACAGUCUGUCACUUCUAUGGUUCAAAUGCUACAAUUUUUCAUUCAAAUAGCUUCGAUGCAACGAGAUGAGAAGCCGUUUCAUCUCUUCGGAUGA